AUGAGGCUGCCUUGGGGUGUAUACACAGCCUACAUUCCAGGCCUUAGUCUGGUCUUGGCCCAGCAACUGCUGCUGCUGCUACAUGCAGGCGCGCUGCUGCUGAUUGUGCUGCAGCCCCCCCCUGAGUUGUCGGGGGCCCCUGCAGCUCCCAUAGUUUCAUCGCAUCUGCAGGCAUUACCCUUAAGCGUUCAGGGGCCCCUGCCGGAGCAGCAGCAGCAGCAGCAGCACGAGCCGCAGCAUGUGCCGCAGCAGCAAGAGCAGCACGAGCAGCAGCAUGUGCCGCAGCAGCAAGAGCAGCACGAGCAGCAGCAGCAGCAGCAUGAGCAGCAGCAGCAUGAGCAGCAGCAGCAGCACUCCAUUCCUGUAGAUGGAAAUCAUGCAGCAGCAGGGAGUGCUUCUACGUCAUCAGGAGUCAGCGAGGGAUCCCCAGCUGCUGCUGCCGCUGCUCCUACUGCUGCAGCUACUGUUGCUGCUCCUGCAGCAGAAGCAACAGCAGCAGCAGCAGCAGCAACAACAGCAGGGUCCGGGGAUGCGCUGCUUCCGCCGGCAGCUGCAGCAGCUAAGGGGGCCCCUAGCGCACGUGGGGCGCAGGGGUCAGGGGGCCCUUCGGGGGCGCCACCUGAGGGGCCCCCAUACACAGGAGGGGGGGCCCCUUAUAUUUCUGCUGCCGGUUUGCUGCUGCUGUGGGGAGGGUGGGGUAUAGCAGCGUUGCUGGUGCUGUCUCCUCUUGGUGCUGUCCCCUUUCUGCAGCAGUGCAGCGCGGAGGGCCACAACAGGGGGGGUUUAGUUGAGGGGCCCCCCUGGGGGCCCCCCUCACAGGAUAUGGGGGCCCCCCGGGGGCCCCUCGAAGGCCCUAACAGCCAACAGGAUCCUGGAGGCCCCCUGUCUCUUAACCCAGGAGACAGUUGGGGCCUCCCGCAGCGGCAUGGGGUGUAUGUGCUAUCGUUCAUGACUGAAGUGCUGCCUCACUGUCUCCUUUCUGUCUUAGGGGCCCCCUUAGUGCUGCUUCUAGCUUGGGGGGAGUUUGGGGCCCUCUCAGCCUUCGCAGCGCGCUGGGGGCCCCCCCAGGGGGCCCCCUGCAGAUCUCUUGCUCUGGAGCUGCUGCUGCAGGGCGUCCGGCUUAUUUGCUGCUUCGUAGCUUCGCUGAUGUUUAUUAGUUGCAGUGGAGCUCGACAGCAGCAGCAGCUGCCUGAAGGGGGGCCCCCCAAGGGACCCUGGGGGGCCCCUGGGGCCCCCGGGUCUCUGACAGUAAGGCGUAAGCCUUUAGGCUUUGAACAAGAAGCAGGGGCCUCCCUUCAGCAGCAGCAGCAGCAGCAACAACAACAGCAACAGCAGCAGCAGUUGCAACGACAGCUGCAUCAGCGCUCGGUCCAGCUGGUUUCCCUUAGUUCUGCUGUUGGCUUUUCCCGCAGCAGCAACAGCAACAGCAGCAACAGCAGCAGCAGCAGCAGCAGCAGCAGCAGCAGCGCCAGUGACACGCUGUACGGGGGCCCCCCAUACUUAGGGCCUCUCCCCGGUGAGGGCCUCCAGGGUACCGGGGGGCCCCCACCAGGGGGGCCUUCUGGGUUCCUUCAUUCAGCCCCUGAUGAUAGUACCCUUUUAUUUGGUCUUAAGGGGCCCCUUGUUGUUACGCUUGCUGCUGCUGCUGCUCACGCUGCUACUGCUGCUGCUACAUUUGACGCUGCUGCUGCUGCUGCUGCACACGCUGGUGCUGCUGGUGUUUGUUUCGUAGCGUUGCAGCAGCAGAGACAAACGCUUAAAAAGGAGACAGAAGAGGCAGCAGCAAAAUGA